CGGUAGUGUAGUUUGUUUCUUUAAUAAAAUGUAAUGUCAGUUAAAGUGUUAAAUUAACCUUUAUUAAUGUAUCAAUUUAACCGUGUAUUCGUAAAUUUAAGUAUGAAGGAAUUUUACUUCAUAUUGAACUGCGAGUGUCCCGUGCAGCAGUGUCCUGACGGCUGGACGACGUUCCGGGGCUCGUGCUAUUACGUCAGCGAUAACGUCAGCGUCGACUGGACGGAGGCAGUUCACCACUGCGAGCUUCACCACGGACGUCUGGUUACCAUAGAAACCAAGGAAGAGGACUCCUCCAUCCGGUCUCACCUCGAGAGGCUCUACAGACAAUCGAGCCAGCAUGUCGGUGAAGAGUUUUGGCUUGGGGCCAACGACCAGAUGGUUGAGGGGGUCUGGACAUGGUACACUAACGAUCAGCCCUUGGAGUAUAUUGGAUGGUACCCCGGGCAACCCGGAAGUGUAGGCGACGAAGACUGCGCAGUCAUCGCCAGCAGACUGGAAGCAAACGGAAGCCAGAAGUUUAACGGUUGGCAUGACGCCCCAUGCGCGGCUAAACAUCGUCCUGUCUGUGAAAUCAGACAUGAUAAUUCUAUUUCAAUUGUUGUAAAAGAAGUAGGAAAGCCAGCCACUUCAACUCACCAGGCAAUGGACUUCUUUACUGAAUUUGCAAUGCCAUUUGGUAUUAAAUGAAGACUUUCAUCUA